CAGAAAUUAAAUAGGCAAGAUCGGGAAAAAAAAAAUACUGAGAUACUUAACAUUUUCGUUUAACCAUCAUACCACUUUGAUUUGUUUCCGAAAUUAAUUAGGCAAGAUCCGUCGAGAAAGAAGAGCCAGAAAUAAGAUUAGAAAACCUUCUCUGACGUGGAGGAUUAUGACUGGCUGUCAAAAGAUACCGAGGUGCAGCCAUUCAAGAAGAGGAGAUCGAAACCCAUCCUAAAGAAACUGAAAACUGAAAAGAAAGAAUAGGCAGACCCAUAGAAAAACCUAAAGUGAAUUCUAGUUCCUGGAGGAUAAGGAAGAGAAGUAAUUACUAAUGGCUUCUGCUACGUCCUUCCUAAGUUAUUUUGCAAAACAUUAUCCUCUUUUAACUUCCUCAACCUCGCCAAAUCCUUUCCUUGCUGCACAGGGUUCCAUAGCAUCUUCUUCGUAUUCUUUAUCUGCCGAAAGUAGUAAGCAUCAUGUGCAGCUCAAAUACUUCCCUCCAAGAGCAUCUGCAGAAGGAGCUCCUUCUGAAUUAAUUGAAGAUUCAAAGUUCGUUCCUUUAAAUGAUGAUGACCCUGUAUAUGGCCCUCCUGCUUUGCUGCUGUUGGGCUUUGAAGUAGAGGAGGCAGCAAAGAUACAGAUGCUUUUGAAAGAAUUAGAUGGUGAAUUCCUUGAGGUCAUUUUCUGUACCGAGGAGAUGAUUAAUCGUUCGCUAUGGGAAGCAAUGCAGACAAAGCAAACCAAUUUAGAGGCAGUGAAGAUUGCGAAGUCACUACCUCGUAUCUGCUUCUUAUCUGGCCUUAGUGGGGAGGAGACGAUGAUGUUCAUGGAUGCCUUUCCAGAAACUGGACUGGAACCGGCUGUAUUUGCAGCUCUUGUGCCCAACAGCGCCAAUAAACCAGUGCAGGAGUUGAUCGAAGAGAUUAUGGGAGACCAUGAAAUGCUGACAGGGAAGCAACCCGGAUUCAAAUAGGCGAAUGACAUCCACAUAUACCUGAGACCUGGGUUCCUCGGCUCUCCUGAGAUUCGUUCUCCCAUUGCUGAUAAAAAGCUACACUUUCUGUUCAACUUGGAAUUUUUAUGCUGUGGAAAAAAGAAGGCAUAGACUGUGGGAGUAGACAUCUGGUACAAAAGAAGAUAGAAUUUUGUUGUUGCUACUGACCUCCAUUAAUAGUCCUAUCAACAUGCACUACCAUUAUCUUUAACUAAUAGGUGCAGGAAGGUACUGAAUGGCCUUUAUGGAUGGUGAAACUUGAAACAGCAUUGCACCUGUAGGAAUGAGGUUGGCCAGUUUGAUCACUUCAAUUUCCUGUGUUUCAAUUAUUUUUUUCUUCAGUCGAACUGUCAAAUUUAAUGCUGAAAAUGGUCUUAUUGUGGAGA